AUGGCAACCACUUGCUCCCUUCAAGUUUCAGAAAUUUCUUUAAUUUCUCAGCAGCCGAAGUCCGUAAAUUGCCCGAUAAAGACUCCAAGGAAGCAUCCCCUCUACCCAAUCCCCCGCAAAGAAUCUCCAUACUCCUGGGCAAAAAAGGCUGAGUACAUUGAGAAAAACCUCGAAAAGGCUGAAUUCUACUAUAAGGCUGCGAUUUCCAACGGCGAACGUGUGGAAAGCUCAGUCAAAGACCUUGCCGGCGUUUUGCACCAGCAAGGUAAGACACAAGAGGCCUGCGAGCUGUUGCUCAAAUAUCAGCAUCUUUUCUCCAAUGAUGCAACAAAGUUCGAAAACCUUCUGGAAAGCUUAAAAAAGCAAGUUGUCCCGACCGGAAACUCCUUAAACAAAAAUAUAAAAAUUUCAGGAUCCAAGGUUCCGUUGGGCACAGAUUUCGUUAAAUCACUAUUUUUGAAUUUCUUGAGAAUCAUAAUUAAAUAUGGCAUCUCAGCGCUUCGAAGUCGGAUGCCGACUUCCUUGGAGCUCAUAUUUAAUUAUAUCCGGCAAGGUUUUACCAUGCCAGAGAUUGACAGCAAUCAAGGUAAGAAAUUCUGGUUGUGUUCAGAGCUUAGACCAAGUCUAAUUUCAGGGAUGGAUUUUUCCUCAUGGGGAAGGACGGUAUGGAAGUUGGAAAGAGGAUGUUCAGCAGUGCCCUUAGGAUCAUUCGGGCAACUCCCUAGCGUGAAACUGGGCGUUACGUCCCGGGCUACAUUUUUUCCUUUUUGCCGAGAGUCGGCCAGAUCCAUUUUUGGGUUUUUUGUGCUGACAACCCCAUGUUCAAGUGCAAGUAGCUCACUCAUGAGCCGUCAAAGUCGGUGACGUCAUCUGGAGGUGUGUGGUGUGCGGAGCAGUCGUACGGGAGGCUGCGCUUCAUUCCCUACGUGUUGAGAGGUUGUGGUAGGCCCCGGAAUGCCUACCACAUGCCCAUGGAGAUGUUAAACGUGAUAUUAAUUAAGUAAGUAAGAAUUUCUCGAGAAUCAAAAAUAUUGAAGUUAAGGAAAAUUGUGCCAUCCUUCAUUUUUCAAGUCAUUCUGCGGCAAGAAAGACUAUAGAAACUUAUAGAUCAGAAGAAAUUUUGGUCUUGGAAUGGAUCAAUUCCAAUGAAGAAGUCAUUGGACCAGUGAUUCUAAAGAAGCGGGCUACUGAUUUCUCACUUUUCGCUGGUGAGAAAGCAGGAGCAAAGCUACUUGGGGUUGGAAAAGAUUAUACAUAUUUUCCUGAGCAGCCAGUGGAAGAAGGUGAGGAUCUUAUUGACGAUUUGUUAAAAAAGUCAAUAUUGUCGUAUUUCACACUAAAUCAAGGUGAAACGAAUGAGAUUCGAGAUAUUUUACCAGCUGUUUGUCCUUAA